AUGCCGCACUACGCAGACCGAAAGGACCUCUUCCCCAUGCAAGGCGGCUGUCCCUGCGGCCACAUCCGCUACCAAGUUAACCUCCCUCCCCUCAUCGUCCAAACUUGCCACUGCACGCUCUGCCAGCGCCAGGUGGGCAGCGCCUUUGCCAUCAACGCCAUCAUCGAAUCCUCCGCCAUCACCCUCCUCCCACCGGCGCCUCUCACCACUCCGCUCUGCAAAGCCGACGCGCAAGCAUCGUCUCCGUCUUCCCCAGCCUCGGUCAAAGUAUGCGGCGUCCUCCCCGCCUUUGCAGACUUCACCAACGCAGCAACCACAGCAACUGUAUCCCAAACCGCUACUUCUACUUCCGCUACACCAAACAACCCCAUCCUAGUGACAAUCCCAACCCAAUCAAAAGUCGGCCAAACCGUCGCCCAAUGCCCCCAAUGCCGCGGCAGCUUGUGGAACUACUACGCUGACGGCGGCCUCUUCAUGACCUACCUCAUCGCCAGUACCCUCGACCUCCCCUGGGAGCUCGAGCCCGACGUGCACAUCUUCACCCGCAGUCGCAGGGAUUUCGUCACCAUCAACGACGGCAAGCCCCAGUUCGAGGGCCAGUACCCCGACAGGUCCGUCUUCUUCAGGCCUGACUCAAAGGCCAGGGUCGAUGCCCUCUUGGAAAAGCAAGCCGCGUGGAGGAAGCAGCUCAAGGCCGCUUACAAAGCCCAAUUUGCCAAGAUUUAG